GGAGAGUCAGUGCGAGCCGCGUACGCGCCCAGUUCGCUCGGCGACGACGUUCUUCUCUCGUUAUCUCCCCUCUUUCUCUCGCUUUUCUCUUCACUCCAUACGCACUUAGACCGUCCUCGUCGCGUUCUCUCAUCAUCGCGGCGUUGUACACGGUGCGCGAGUGGAUAUCAUUGUAUGACGAUAAUAACGUAUAACCAGAGGUGCUAAGCGCGAGUGCAGCAGUGCCGGACAGUGUAUUUAAUUCUUUUUAUCAGUUCAGUGUGAGAUUUUUCGACCGAAUCGCAGGUGCCCUCGGUACGGAGAGAGAUUGAGAAAUCGGUAUCACAAAGCAUGGUAUGAUAAGUCGCAGUCGGUACAGCCGCCGUAGUCGCCGUUCCCGCCACGAUGAAGAAGUUGAGAGUCGCAGCACUGCUGCUACUGCUACUGCCGCUGAGCUUGAGCUUGAGCCAGCAAGAGGAUGACCUCGUGUUCGACGACGUCGGCGACGAGGCCUCGACCCUCGAGCCCGAGCGUAGUAAGGAGCAACAACAACAACACACCCCCGCCAACGCCAAGCCCAAAAAGUCCCAACGAGUCGAGAAGCUUCUGGGCAUGCCCGACGCUAUAGCCAACGUCGGCCACGUAUUCAAGCUGCAUGUGCCCAAGCAGGCGUUCGCCGGUAACAUCGAUUACUACGAGGCUCGAGGCAGCAACGGCAAGGGUCUGCCUCACUGGCUGCGCUGGGACGAGCCAGCCUCGGCCCUCUACGGCGUUCCAGCGCGCAAAGACGUGGGCCGGCAUCGCGUGAGCGUCAAGGCCUUCGGCAAACACGGCGACGUCGCCCAGGACUGGUUCAUCAUUCACGUCGUCCCGGAAAAGCGCGAGCACUACAGUCACAAGGAUGGAAAGAAACGCUGCACCGAGGACCAGGACCGCACGAUGCUGACCAUCUUGAUCGACGCAAGGUACGAGAACCUUAAGCCCAGCGCUAAGGUCAGAGCCCUCGAGAACCUCGCCGGAUUCUUCGGACUGCACCCGAGCUCCAUCUCGAUCCAGCCAGAAGUCAAGGAAAGCUCGUCUUCGGCUUCGUCGGUGCUCUCGGGACCGGGGAAUGUCGGUCGCCGCCGAGAAAAACACUCGACGCUCGUGCAGUGGCAGGUCGGCUGCGACGGACACUUCUGGCCGCACCAGAUCGACACGAUCAAGCAGAUACCGGAGCAGGCGCGCGACGGUACCCUGUCCGAGGUGAUGGAGCUGCCGGUCUACCAGUGGCGAGUGAGAGCCGACUCGACGGACUUUGCGCGGAACAGACGCGACGCCGCGGCCGGUUCCGGAGACGGUCUGCUGCCCGACGAGGAGGACGACGACGAGGAGGAUGAUGACCAAUACGACGACUACGAGGACGAGUACGACAGUAACAGCGAGGGCAUCACCGAGACGCCACAGGAGCCCAAGCAGAAGCCCGUCUUUAUCCCCAGCGGAACCGGCGAUAACGAUGGACAUCCGCACAGGCAUCGUCAUGGCUACGGCAGCGUUGCAAACAUCGGUCCCAGUAUUAACACCGAGGAUGAAGAAGAUUACAUCUGGAGGAAUUCCGACGUCAACAACUCCAUCUUCAACGCGACGCCGUCGACGACCAGCACGACAACGACGACCACUCCAUCCACAACAACCGAAACAGAACCUCCGCCUACCACGCCAACAACCACAUCAACAACGAGCACCACCGAAGCUCCAACAACGCCAACCUCAACAACAACAACGGAGUCAACGACAACUUCUACUACUACCUCCACGACGACAGAACAUGUGCCAGAACCGUCGAGCUCCACAACCGAGAGCACGACGACAACGUCCACAACGACAACACAAGCAACUCCUAGCACUGCCGACAUCCUGACUAACGAAACUACAAGAACGACCACCUCCCCUUACACGAACUUGACGCAAGUCGCGACCGGUAGUUCGAAUACUCAAACUAAUGUAACGACGGACUCACUGACAGUUGACAACGAAGAUCCACUGGUGACCGAACGAGACAUCGACAACGAGACUGAGACCGACGAGAUGACGACCUUGCAGCCAAUUUUGUUCAACGGCUCGGAAUCGACAAUGGCCGGCAGCUCUGGAGCCCCGGCAUCCAACACAAGCGUCGUGGAAGUGUCAGUAACGACGUCGGAGCCCAACGCUACGUCGAUAUUUACUGUAAAUGCCACUACCGAGGAGUAUCCGGAAGCAUCUGUUCCUGUAAAAGAAAGUUCAAGCCCAUCCUCGACAACGAGCUUCCCUACAAAUUCGUGGAACGAUACCGAUACGGAUAAGAUAUUUGAAGAAUCAGAUCCUUACGAUACUAUGCACGUGCCUGUGUACAGUUCAACGCCCAGCACAACAACAAGUACGACCACCGAGGAGCCAACGGCGACAACUCCAGAGCCGUCAUCGACAACCACCAUAACCACAACCACGACGACGGAAGCCCCGACCACGCCAUCGACUACCACUUCCACCACUACCACCACAACGACACCGGCACCGACUACGUCGACCACGCAAUCGACUACGACGACGAGCACGACUACUGAGAGGAUUGAGUACGGCAUGCGCAACAACCCACCCCGAGUACAGAGAAGAUUGAAGAAGAUCCCGAUAACUCAGGGCAAGCCGCUUAGCUACAUGAUACCUGAAGAAACGUUCAGAGAUGACGAGGACGGCAACACAAGGCAGCUUCGACUCAGGAUCUACGAGAAGGACGCACCACUUAAAUCUAGUUACUGGUUGCAGUUCAACGAGGAGACGCAAGAAAUUUAUGGCUUACCUCUUGAAGAUCAGUACGGAACGUAUCCAUUCGAAGUGGUCGCUAUGGACAGCCAAGGAUUGACGACGAGUGCUACGCUUGAUAUUUCCGUGCAGCAACACAAGCAGAUCCGAGCGGUUAACCACGAGUUCCACGUUUAUCUGAAAAUCGAAAAAAGAAGCGAGUUCCCGACGAACGUUGAUUGGGAGCUCAAGGUCAUGCGAAGUUUGGCUGAACUCUACGGGGAUGAAGAUCUUAGCUACAUCACAGUCAGAUCCAUCGACAUUGAUGGUGACCAGGCCAUUUACACUUGGACGAAUGACAGUCUAGCAAGGUCGAAUAUUUGCCCUCAGGAUGAAAUCAACAGGCUGUAUAGCAUUCUUGUAGCAGAUGAUAAGACUGAAGAGCCGAGCGAAGGCUUGAUGCAUGUCUUGGGUCCCGAAAUAAGACCCAAACGAGUUGUGUAUCAAGGCUUGCAACAGUGUCAGCAAAUCAAGGAAACCCAAGUUAACAAAUACCCUGUGCCCAGAAACCAAAUUGAUCAAUUGAAUGCGACUGUGGGUCAAUUGUUUGUAUAUAAAGUGCCAAAGGAUACUUUCUUCGAUGAGGAGGAUGGCGAUACUGGAAGCAUGAAAGCGACUUUGUUGACUGCGAACAGAUCAGAAAUUCCAGCAUCGGAUUGGCUACAGUUCGACAGCAGUAAUCAAGAAUUUUACGGCGUGCCUUUGCAGCAAGAUAUCGGUCGCAAGACAUAUCAACUAGUCGUUAAAGAUAGAGAAGGCCUGGAAGCAACUGACAGUCUAGUCGCGGAGGUGCACCCGUCACCAAACAUGCGCCACGUCGUCGAAAUUUCGAUGAUACUCAAUAUGGGCUACGACACGUUCGGUAAGUCGGCGCAAAAGAAGCGCGAGUUCAUUCAAAAACUUCAGAGGCUCUAUGGCGAUAAGAAUACGAGCGCCAUAUCCCUUCUUCAUAUCAAUGGCAAUCGCGACACUACUACCGUCACGUGGAGUAACCUCACUCUGCCGACUAACGAGUGUCCAAGUCAAGAGAUCGAUCAAUUGCGUGGCGUCCUUGGAAAGGAUAACAAUCUCUCCGAAGAGUUGAUCAGAGAGUUUAACAGUGAAAAUCAGCCAGAAUUUGCAGUUAUACAGUUAACCGUGAAAUCGACGGGUGCAUGCAGAGAAGCUGGAAUGAUUCCACCAGACCAGCCACCAGUAGACGACUCCACGUCAGUCGGUGCAAGUCACGAUGAUCAUUUCUUCACAAUCAUACUGCCUACCAUCAUUAUUGCCGCCUUGAUAUUACUCGCGGCGAUAAUCGCUUGCAUACUGUACAAACGAAAAAGGAGCGGCAAGAUGAGCGUAAGUGAGAAAGAUGAUGAAAGACAGAGCUUCCGCAGCAAAGGCAUCCCGGUGAUAUUCCAAGAUGAGCUUGACGAAAAACCAGAUCCAGGCAACAAGUCUCCCAUAAUUCUGAAGGAGGAAAAACCGCCGCUACCACCUCCAGAAUAUCAACGAGCGGAGGAUGGCGCUGAUAUCCCGAUGCUCUCGAAGGAGAACUCCGAAGAACCAUACCAGCCGCCGCCUCCGUUCGCCACGAAUCGCGACAGCAAUCGCCAAAACAGACCAAAGCCCACACCGACGUACAGGAAGCCGCCACCGUACGUGCCGCCCUAACAGAGCAACCACAGCAGUGCGCUCGCCGCAGCCGUAGCCGCAGCCGCAGCCAACAACACAACGGUGCACUCGCCUACGCGCAAGUACAUGCUGGCGAUGCUCGGCGACUCGCCCACGCACGUUCAACACCAGACAACCACCACCACGACUAUCGUAGCUGCACGAUUCAGCAAGGGCCAGCUCAACAAUAAUGGCUUCUGCGAGCCUCGUCUCGUCCGAUAGACUCUCACUCGCCCAGUGCUCGACGACGAUUAUAAAGCAACGCACUAGGCUCGAACGCUCGGCGAGUUCGAUUUUAAUGCUUUUCUUCUUUCAGUUUUCUUACGUUUAUUUUUAUUAUGAAUAGAUUUCUUACGCGAGAUUUACUUAACAUGAAACGACCAGAAGUGAAGUCUUUUUCUAUGAGUCCGUAAGCAGAGCGUGUAAUUAUAUAAUUGUGCUUGAACGAGAUUCGUUAUCAAUAUUUUAGAGCUUCUUCAGUUGCUUGGACUCUUGCGCGAUUUUGUUGGUUCUUGCCGAAGAAUAUAACAGAUUGAUUAUGCUUUGCGAUGCAGGUCAAAGUGUUUCGAAUGACGGACCGAUACGUUAUUGUAAAUGUACUACCAUGCGUACUUAUUAAUAGGUACGUGUGACUAUGUCUGUUCGUUUAAACGUAGUGAGGUAAUUUUGCAUUCAGCUUUAUGAGCUUAUGGUCUGGCUACAUGAUAUACAUCAUACGUAAUUUUAUUUUUUGAUCAGAGAAUGUACUGACCAUCGCAUUCGAAUUUGCGUGAGAGCCUAAAAAACACAUAAACGGCGAGGUAUCAGAGGAAAUUAAAAAUUUCGGAUGAUCUGUUCGAGGGUACGUUCUAUGAUUUCUUGAUUUUGAAAUACGCACACACGUAAAAAAGUAAAGAGAGAAAUAACUUAUUGAAACUUGUCGAUCACGCGUUGCCUUUCGUAACGACCUUCGCGUUUAGCGUAGAAAAGAAACCCAUCGCUCUUAUGUCGAGACUCGUGUAUCGAGAAGGUUAGAGAAAGCAUAGAAAAAAAACAAAAAAGUAAAUAAAAAAACAAACAGAGAGAGGUUUACGGAGAAAAUAUUAACGAAUCUAACGAUACUCAAAAAAGAAUAUAUUUCACAGUAAUCAGUGCCAUUUUUAUUAAGCAAUAAGCUCGCCUAAUUAUGAAUACUGAUUUUUUUACAUGACUUUUUUUAUACCGGGUUCUUUGAAUUGACCAACUAAACGUUGCAUCGAGUCUCUUAAUUAAUAUAGACUGUAACGUACUUCUCAUGAAAGAUACAGAACACUGCCAGAGCAAAUAAAUAAUCUUUGUUCGAAAGUUUAAGACGCAACUGUGUACAUCAAGAUUUUCUCAAAGAAAAAAGAACAAACUGUGAAUUUGACGCGUAUCAUUUUGAGCUUUCAAGGAUUAUUUGUUAAGAAACAAUUUAUCUAUGCUUCCAUUGGCAGAAUAGUAUGCCAAUAAUAAAAAUAUUAAAAAGCGAUUGUGAACUACGAUUAUUCGUAUAACAUAAACACACAGCCGUUUAUUAUGUAUACAGUACAUAUUUAAUGAAUGUCAGUGCUUUUAUAUUUGUAAUAAUUUUUUUAUUCAAAUAUCCGCCUGACUAAUUUUAAAAGCAUUUACGUUUUAAAAUCACUUAAUCGUGACGACGACUUUUCAAUCCUUUUAUUCUGUGUACUUCUUGAUUUUGUACUUUUUUUUAAGAUGGAAAAGAAUAUUACGACCGCCAAAACAAAGAAUAUGUUUUUAAACACAGAUUAACAUCGAAAGCAUUAAUUGCAACGCACUUGUAAACUGAUGCGCAUUUUUAACUACAAAACUAUUUAAUUUUAGAAGUUACACACCUAGUUACCAAGCCAAAACUUGACUUAUAUUAUGAAAGGAAAAAAGUUAUCGAAUAAAAAUAUAAGAAAAAAGAUUGAAACGUUCAAGAUAUGUUUAACCUAACGCGGGUACACCAUUAUCAUUAUACAUCGUAUUUGUCAAGGAAUUUUUAGAAAACCUUUUAUUAUUGUAUAGACGUAUACAAACGAGAUGGGAAGAAUAAAAAACGAAUUUUUAGCUCCUCCGCAGAGUGGCAGCCUUCUAGGCAGCGCAUUGUUUUACUUAUACACGUAUGUACUACGUGUGACACGCAACAAUUUUACAAUCCGAUAUUUUUAUUGAAAUGAGACGAUAAUAAUUAUGUAGGUGAUGCGCAUGGAACCGUGCGAAUGAAGGCAAUUUCUGUUUGUCUUGCGGUGUACGUGAAAAUUUAAGGAAUAACAUGAAAUUCAUGCGAAUGUUUGGUAUGCCAGUAAAAAAAAGAAUGGGAAAGAAAAGCUAGUUUUUAAAGUGUAGCGUCAACGCACUAAUGUUAAAUCGCAUUGUUGCGUAAUCUUUAGAAAUUAAGUCUACCAACGAUUAUACAUAGACUAAAAUCACGUUCGUUGCUAAAUUUCUAUAACGACAGUAAUAUCGUCCUUGCUUGAUCUUUUUCAUCGACAUCGACACGGCCUCAAUUUUUAGGCUCUGUAAAACGUGCUAAUAGAAACGAAAAAAAAUUAAAUUAAAUGUUCCUCGUUGUAUUGUUUCGAUUGAAGAUCCAUUGGAGCUUUCUAAAAUUACGGUAAUCUGCUGAUGUCGAUGUUAUAAAGUUUGGUACUGUCGUAAACCUUUUUAUACUGAAACUUUUAAAAUUAUACAUUACGAAUAAUGUUCGAUCUUUUCUUUCUUAAAUCAUUUCUCGAUAAUUGCGAUUUUAUUGCUUCUGUAAGUGUACGUAAUAGGUGAUAAGCCUUGAUUUUAUACUUGAGUGUAAUAUGUCAAGCUCGAGACGAUGCGUCUUUGCGUUUUACAAUAAAACAGAAAUUAAAUGAAUAUGAAACAUUAUAUACCUAACAUCAAUUCUCUCAUAUCACGCUUAUCUCAUAUCGUUGCUCAAUGCGUAUCCGUCAAAUGCUGCCAGACAAAAAAUCUUGUAUCAUAUUCAUGUGUACGAUAAAUAUAUUAAAGCUAUAGUGUUGGAGAUAAAGGCUAAGAGAAUAGAGAAGGACGUUUCUGAAAAUUCUACAUGGGACCGAAGUAGAAGCAAAGCGAUCGAUCGAUCGAAAAACAAGUAGAUGUCGGCUAUAUGGGGUACAAUUUUGGAUAGAGAGAAAGAGAGAAACGAACGAGGCGCCAAAGUUAUUUUUUACUUGUAUUAGUGGUUAAUGAAAACUAAGCGAGGAGUGGAAUUGGGAAAUGUACAAAAUUAACGUUGAUUUUUGUCAAGAGAAGGCGCUCGCUUGAAAAUCCUUAUUCGAACAAACGAUGAAAAUGAACUUUCACGCCAAAUUCACUCCUCGGUAGAGUACGAGAUAAUAGGAGGAAAUACGACGAAGAAUUAUUUGGAAAAUUUGUCAUACACGGUAUUAUAUCCCUUCGGAUGUUAACGGAGACGUAUAGUAGUUGUCAAUGUACACGCAUGCCGCGAUCGGGCAUUCAAAGUUCCAAUGACGAUGGUUAAAAAAAGCGAAAAGGAAAAGGAAAAGCGCAUUAUAAUCGCCUGGAAUUUUAAGAUUAUUUUUACCUGUCAUAAGCCAUAACGCUUCCUUGACAUCGCGUAACUCUUAACGAGUAUACUCUUGUGCACAUAAGUAUACAAGGUACACACCGACACACGACACACGAAUAAUCAGAUACACGCAUACACGUCGGUACUCGUGGAUGGUACCUGAGAUAUAUAUACAUAUACACACAGAGCCCUUUUCCCCGGACGCGCGCGGACAAGGUCGAUCGGCUGAGAAUUGAAGAGCAAAUUAUACAUAAUUGCGUGUAUGUGUAAGUACGUACAAUAUAGCGCGAAAUCCAACGUAACAAUCUGUCUAUAGCCGAAGGUGGUUAGCGUUCAGAGUUUAAGUGGCAGCUCAUAAAACAUUAACUAAAAUCGUAUCAAUGAUUCAGAGCUUCAACGAAUGAACUAUGACGGUACAACCAUAAGACUGCAUUGUAAAAUAACGAGAAAAAAUACACUUGUCACUCGGACGAUAUCAGCUACUUCCAACUUAUCUUGCAUGUAGGCAUGUAUGCAACGAUUGCGUGUGUGAUUGUACUUACUUAUAAAUGAUACCACAUAUCUUCGAGUUACAAAAAUAAUGUGUAAUAACGAUUAGGCGUGUAUUCGUCGUUCGGCCCGGUCCGCGAAGCUUGUGCGCAUCCGCAUCGAUUCUCGCGACUCUAUAUCGAUAUGUUGUCAGUAAUAUACGAA